AAGCCACUUAUCGGGCGAACUUCGCCAAUAUCAAAAACCCCUUACACUGAUGAAAUACGCUCCGUUCUUCAAAUACUUGGCGGCUGUUCUUUUCUUCACCAACUCGGUGUUGGUGUUGUUGGUAUGGAACUUUCCAGCUUCCUCUCCCUCCCAGCCCAUGACUCAACUGAGUUCAGAUGUUGGUGCUUUCGAAAAUUAUCAACAACAUCCAAUUGACCUUGCCAAUGCUUCGGCCAUCGUCAAUGCGGUUCAAGGGGCGUUGCGACAAAAGUCCUCCAACAUCCAACCGGUGGGAGUGACCUUUAUUCCUGCUUAUAUUCCUCCUAAUACUCGUUUGUACCACUCUCGUGGAGACGGAAAUAUUCCUAAACUGUUUGAGUGGGUGGCAUUCGACUAUGAAUUCAGCUACAAUUUCGCCGGGUUUUCUAGGCGUAUCAACUCCACUGAUUCACAUAGGGAUAGAAGAAAUGGCCCUGCCCAUUUACUUACGUUCAAAAAUACUAAGGCUUUUGAUAAGGUGAUUUUCUUGGAUGGGGCAUCUGCUGCAAAAAUCGUUCCGGAAAUGGACCAGCAAUUGAUUCUAUCAAAUGGGACACAAGAGUUGGGAUGGUUCAAUGAGAGAAUUGCGGCUGAUAAAAUAUGUAAGUGGGGAAAGAAGUUUGGUUUACAUGGUUUCAUUCGGUUGGAAAUAGGAUAUGAAAUGGUGCUAUGUGAUUUUCAUAAGGACUUGAAGCUUAUCUCAAAUAUCACUCUUCCUUACGCCAACGACAUGCUUGGAUUCCCCGCUGACGACCCUCAAUACCUUCCUUCACCUCCAGACUGGGCUCCACCGGGAGGGAAUGAUCCUGGCGAUGGACCAGGGGGACCAGGGGGACCAGGAGGACCUCCCAAGCUGGAAGAAAAUCAAUCUCCUUUCUACUUACAAGAAAGAAAUCUUGGAGUGCAGGAGGUUGUCGACUACAGUUCAUCCUCCUUCAACAGAUCUCUUCUUCUCAGCCAUAUUCUGUCUGCAGUGGGGUUUGAGCAUGUGCAAAUAUCUGGAUACUCGGACCUUCUUGAAGAAAGAGUGUUACUUGAUUUCUCCAACAUGGUUACGCCGUUGAAUAAAACAUAUAUCAACCCAGAUCCAUACGCAAGAAACAUAAGCUACAUUUCUCAAGAGAUCAAAAACCUGAUCAUCUACGAUCUCGAACGUAUCUACCAACAGCCCACAGACCCGCUGCGCAAAACCAAUUGGCAAGCAAUUAUAAACUUGAUGCAGUUUAAGUUUGGUCCAUUGUUGGUGAACUUGAACUCGACUUUAUACGAAGAAGACAUAAAGGUUCUAAGUGACAAUAUCCAAAUACUCGCUUUCAACCUCAUCAGAAGCCACACAGAUAACAAUUGGAAGACGGAGCAGGAACAAAGACAACAUGCCAUCAAAUCUUUGGUAGACAGUUAUGUUUACCAUUCGUACCCAUUGGUCAACUAUGAUUCCAACAUCUAUUCUGCAUUAUUCAAAGUGCACAAUGAGAUCCUAACAUUGAUUUUCGAUAUAUUCGAGGCAUCCAAGAGAUAUACCAAACAAUUAUACGUGGAUGAGAGUAUUCCCACCUAUAAAGAUGAACUUGAUACUUUACGAAGCAGAACAUCCAAGUUAAUGGAGUUACUUAACUGGGCUGUCUUCUACCAGUGCUCUCGUAAAUGUAACCUGAAUGAAAUGUGUUUUACACCAACAUGGGGCCCUGGGCCGUUUGGUGGAAUGUUUGAGAGGAGCGAUGAAAUGUUUGAUCAUGACGGAGAUAUUUACCGGAUUAAGCACGAAUUGAAAUGUGUAAGCUAUAAGCUUGCUGCUGAGACACUUCCUCCUCUUAACUAAGGUUCUUGCCACCUACAUCUAUGUGUUAUAAUAUUUCUUCUCGCGGGUAUAUAAUCGUCUGAAUAUCACAAAAACUGCCACCCAUUCCCGCAAAUGGAACCAGUAGAGUUCCUUUAAGUAGGACUCUUGAUUUUAGGAAGCAGCAGAACGACAUUUCAUUUACAUGCGCAUACUCCAAAAUCAAAACCUUUGACCUGUAAAUUCAACCUAGUAAGAUUCUCUACCCCCAGUUUAUAGUUCCACCAGAUUUAAAGCCAUACAGCCACCUAAUUUCUGAACCAUACACCUGAAGAAAUCUGACCCACAAAUCCAUUGGCACAAAUAUACUAACCUUCUACUCGGCCCAAUGUUCACCCAUUUUGCAGCCACUUGGGCUGAGCCGCAUAAUUAUCAUCUCGCAAAGUCACCGGUCAAGACGCCC